GAGAAGUCGUGGCUCGAGAAGCCGCGAGGCAUUCAUGAGCUCGACGCUUUGAUGCCGACCGGGUGGGUACCGGUCCGGAGAUUCCCCGUAGUUCAGCGCGGGAAGCUGCGGCCCAUCGACGACCUGACCGAAUCCGGUACUAACGGUGCCUGUGGCACGCUUGACAAACUCGACCUUCGAGCUCUUGAUGAGACGGUGUUCACUGCGAUGCUCAUUCUGAAAUGCCUGAAGGUCGGAUCCUUUGCGUUGAAGCUUGGUGAUGGCCGUGUGCUGCGAGGUCGUGUCCACCCCUAUUGGCUUCAGCGCCCAGAGGAGUUGACGGCUCUGCGGAACAGCGUGGAGAAGUCUGUCAAGGCCGUGUUGGAUAUGCUAGGUUUCGCCUGGGCAAAAGACAAGGACGAGGCUUUUCUUGACCAAGCUGACCUUCUUGGGCUCAGGAUGGCUAUUUCAUCUGGGCUUGAGGCGGCUGUCACUCUUUCGAACAAGCCGGCAAGGGUUGAUGAGUUGUCUCGGGCACUGAGCAAGGUGCUGGAGGACGGUGUCAUCAGGCCACGGGACGCAGCGACUGUGUUUGGCAGGCUUCAGUUUGCAGAGUCGCAGCUUCUGGGACGUGCGGGGCGGUUAGCUCUUGCAGACAUCCGCUGGAUAGAACGAUCUUCGAGCGAUGUGCACUUGAACGACUUCGAUCGGAAUGUGUUCAGCAUGUUGGGGGCCCGGAGGGCCGACAGACACUUGGCAUAG